AUGAAUGAGCGGCAAUGGGGAAUUGUGAUGCGAAACAACGACCUGCUCAACGGUAAAUUCUUCGAGGGGGGGAAUACCAAUUCAAAAAUAGCUGUCCCUACUAGCAUCAGUCGAGCUAGAUAUACCGCAUUUGCCCUGAAGGAAAGAUCCAUUCCUGACUACGACGUCACUUUCGAGGCCCCUAAAGAUAUUCCAGGCAAUACGAAGAAGCCUGAAAUCAAAUUUCGGAUCCCACGUUUUCAAAUCUGCGAUAGCUCCAGAGUUGAAGUGUUCGAGACCAAGAGUGCAAUUGCUGAUUCAAUGGCGUCGAACGCCUUCAGUCAGACGACGGUCGAAGCCUCUGUAGGUGGCGGAGCAUUCGGAGUUAGCGUUGGAGUCAAAGCUGGUGCCACGACCUCUGGGUCUAGCUCCUUUGCACAGUCGUCCUCUAAGGACGAAAGUCGUAUGCAUGUAGCUUACUUGGUCAGAUCUUACCAUACCUACUUAAAGGAACGGGGUAUCUAA